AAGAAACCAAUCUCAUCUUCCAAUACCUUCAAACACAAACCUCACGGUUUUCAAAACGUUUGGCCUUAUAAUGGCUUUUCGAGGUUAUCUUCUGACAUUUGUGUUCCUAUGCAUAUUCUUGGCAUCGACCGUUUCCGGGUAUAACUCAAAACACGUGAAAGCGUGGUGCAGCAAAACUCCAAACCCCAAACCAUGCGAGUAUUUCUUAACCCACAACUCCGACCAAAAACCAAUAAAAUCUUUGUCCGAGUUCCUCAAAAUCUCAAUGAAACUAGCUCUAGACCGAGCCAUCCUCGCCAAAUCCCACGCAUCCACACUAGGACCAAAGUGCCGCGACACACGUGAAAAAGCUGCAUGGGAAGAUUGUCUCAAGCUCUACGACUUCACCGUCUCUAAAAUCAACAAGACGAUGGACCCAGACACGAAGUGCUCUAAAACCGACUCUCAAACAUGGCUCAGCACGGCUCUAACCAAUCUCGACACUUGUGAAGCUGGGUUCUUAGAGCUAGGUGUUACCGAUUUUAUCCUUCCUUUGAUGUCAAACAACGUCUCAGAUCUUAUAUGCAAUACACUUGCCAUUAACAAAGUUCCUUUCAACUACACUCCACCGGAGAAAGACGGGUUCCCUUCGUGGGUCAAACCCGGUGACCGGAAGCUUUUGCAAAACUCAACACCUAGAGAUAACGUGGUUGUGGCUAAAGAUGGGUCUGGUAAUUUCAGGACGAUUAAAGAAGCGAUCAACGCUGCUUCGGGGAGUGGUAGGUUCGUGAUAUAUGUGAAGCAAGGCGUUUACAGUGAGAAUCUCGAGAUACAAAAAGAUAAUGUCAUGUUGAGAGGUGAUGGUAAAGGGAGAACGAUUAUCACCGGAAGCAGAAGUGUUGGAGGAGGAUCGACCACGUUUAAGUCAGCUACUGUCGCGGCUGUCGGAGACGGGUUUAUAGCACGUGGAAUAACGUUUAGAAACACAGCGGGAGCGAACAAUGGACAAGCAGUAGCUCUAAGAUCCGGAUCGGAUCUAUCCGUUUUCUACCAAUGCAGUUUCGAAGGUUACCAAGACACACUAUACGUUCACUCUAACCGCCAAUUUUACAGUGACUGCGAUGUUUACGGAACAGUAGAUUUUAUAUUCGGAAACGCAGCCGCUAUUUUCCAAAACUGCAACAUUUUUGCACGUCGUCCACCUGGUCGCACCAACACAAUCACUGCCCAAGGAAGAUCCUAUCCGGAUCAAAACACUGGUAUUAUUAUUCACAACUCUCGUGUCACCGCAGCUUCAGAUCUCCGACCCGUUUUAGGAUCCACCAAAACUUAUUUGGGUCGACCAUGGAGACAAUAUUCUAGGACGGUGUUUAUGAAGACUUCUCUUGAUAGUCUAAUUGAUCCACGUGGAUGGCUUGAGUGGAACGGUAACUUCGCUUUGACAACUUUGUUUUACGGUGAGUUUCAGAAUACGGGUCCGGGUGCUUCGACUUCAAGUCGGGUCACAUGGCCUGGAUUCCGGGUCAUUGGUUCUGCCACUGAGGCUUUGCAGUUUACUGUUGAUAGUUUCAUUGCUGGUAGCUCUUGGAUUCCAUCAUAUGUGCCGUUUACUUCUGGUCUCUAAAGAAAUAUAUCUGAUUAAUUCAAAUAUUAUAUGAUGCAAGUUGUAACGCAAUUGAUUGGUCUAUUACAGAGAAUAAAUAUUGUUUAGUAAGA